AAGAUAACAUCAAUGCAAUUACAAAAGAGGAAAAACUAUUAGGUUGUUCUAAGAAGCAGAAUAUAGAUCAAAGUGACAAGAACAAAAUGAAAAUCAAAAUUGAAUCAUGUUCUAUAGAAGUAACUCAAACUGUCCAA